CCGUUGGGCCCAGAGCACGUGGGUACCCUGCGCGCGUGCGCGCGCGCGCGUUCUGUGAGAACUGAUGCGCAUGCGGGUGCGCGAGGGUCUGGUGCGGCGUUGAGCGCCAGUGUGAGAGCUGCGCGCGUGGUGUUAGAACGCGUGCGCAUGCGGGCGUGCGCGAGUCUGGUGCGGCGCGGCGGGCUGGGCAGUGCGCCUGUGCGGCCGGCACAUCCCGAUGGAGCGCCGCGGCAGUUUCGGGUCCGGCGCUCGGGCUGAAGGGGCUUCGAGAGGCGUUCAGCUCCCGGCGAAGAUAGCUGAGCCGGGCGCGGUGCGGACGUCGCCACCGAACCACCGUCGCUCGGGUAUGGAUGGAUUUUUAAAAUCAGAUGAGAGGCAAAGACUAGCCAAAGAGAGACGAGAAGAAAGAGAAAAAUGUCUGGCUGCCCGGGAACAACAGAUUCUGGAGAAACAGAAAAGAGCCAAGCUCCAGUACGAAAAGCAAAUUGAGGAGCGAUGGCGAAAACUGGAAGAACAGCGGCAGCGGGAGGACCAGAAGAGAGCUGCUGUGGAAGAGAAGAGGAAACAGAAACUCCGGGAGGAAGAGGAACGGCUAGAGGCGAUGAUGCGCAGGUCCCUGGAGCGCACACAGCAGCUGGAGCUGAAGAAGAAGUGUUCCUGGGGAGCAUCACUGGCUGCAGGGCCUGGAGGACGUGAUGGUGAAUCAGAAAAUACCCCACCCCCUCUAGGUUUAGCAGCCAACACCCUCCCUCCGGAUGCAGGGACCACUUCUGCCGCUGUCGAGUCUACCAACGCAUGUGACAAACUUUCAACAUCGACCAUGAAUUUACCAAAGCAGCCGGAGCCUCCCAUGAGUAAACGCCUGUCUUCAUCUACCGUGGCUAUGUCCUAUUCUCCAGACCGAGCUCAUCGCACACACCUUAGUCCCACGGAAAGCUUUCUUGUUAUGCGACUGUUGACACCCACACAGGCUUCUUUAGCCAGAAGCAGAACUACAUUCAUAUUCUCUGAGCAGGCCAGUGACUCAGCUCCUGGUGGCCCCCUUAAAUCUUCGUUCAAGUCUUCUCCCACGAGAACCAUUGAGAGGAAGAAGGCUACACUUACAUCUGGUGUAGGAGAUGCUGGAAAAGGAGCCCCUAUAGGAGCAGAGGCCUCUCCGAUGGAGAAAGUGAAGAAGGGGCAACGAGUGACAACUUCUUUUCCCACUGCGAGCCUUGGGUCUCCACUGAGAAGAUGCGAGCUUCCCGGAGUCAUUUCUAAGAGGUCAUCUUCUCCUGUGAUAGCCAAAACAACUUCAAAAGCAUAUCCUCAGUCUCCAAAGACUGUGAAGCCGCCAUACCAAGGGUCUCCUGUAAGGUACCGCUUUCCCGCUAUUCCCAGCCAGGAAACACUGAAGAAGAAAGCAGAGAAAGAGAAGAGCAAUAAGGAAAGGGAAAGUGCUGCAGGUCCUCAAGCUACUGGCCCACGCAGAGAGGAAAUCCCAGAGAAGCAUGUGGCAGACAAGCAGGCCACCGAGAAGCCUAAGGUAGACAAACAUGCUACCGAGAAGCACAUGGCAGAUAAGCAGGCCACUGAGAAGCACGUGGCAGACAAACAUGCUACCGGGAAGCACGUGGCAGAGAAGCAGACCACUGAGAAGCAUGUGGCAGAUAAGCAGGCCACUGAGAAGCACAUGGCAGACAAGCAGGCCACUGAGAAGCAAGACAAGCAGGCCACCGAGAAGCACGUGGCAGACAAGCAGGCCACCGAGAAGCAUGUGGCAGACAAGCAGGCCACCGAGAAGCACGUGGCAGACAGACAUGCUACUGAGAAGCACGUGGUGGAGAAGCAUGUGGUGGACAAGCACACUGCUGAGAAGCAUGCUACCACAGGAGGAAAGAGUGAGAGCAGUGCAGCCUUGGGGAAGCCCAUGGCUGGCACCACUGAUGCAGGAGAGGCUGCAAAGAUCCUGGCUGAGAAGAGACGACAGGCUCGGCUGCAGAAAGAACAGGAGGAGCAAGAACGACUGGAGAAGGAAGAACAGGAGAGGCAGGAGAAAGAGGAAUUGAGAAGAAAGGCAGAGGAGGAAAGGCAGCGCCUAGAGGAAGCCCGUAAACAAGAAGAGGAAAAGAAUCUCCAAGAAGAGAAAGAAAAAAGAAAGUCAGGAGAGGAGGCCAAGCAGAAGGCUGCGGAGGAGCUGUUUUUGAAAGAGAAACAAGAAAAAGCCAUGAUUGAAAAGCAGAAAGAGGCAGCAGAAGCAAAGGCCCAGGAGGCUGCUAAACAGAUGCGUCUAGAAAGAGAACAAAUCAUGCUGCAGAUUGAGCAGGAGCGGCUGGAGAGGAAAAAGAGAAUAGAUGAAAUCAUGAAGAGAACAAGGAAGAGUGAUGUGUCUCCAGAAGUAAAGAAAGAAGAGCCUAAAGUGGAGAUUCAGCCUGUUGUGUGUGUGGAAAGUAAGAUAAAACCAAUUGUCCCCAACAAAAUAGAACUCAACGGAUUGAACACAUGCCAGGAAAUUAAAGGCAUGGGGCACACUGCCCCCGAAGCUUUUCCCCGAGAUGUUUUCUCUAAUGGGCUUAAACCAGUUGGGGGACUUGUUCAUCUGGGUGCCCUUGAUGGAAAAUCAAACAGUCUGGAUGAUUCAACUGAAGAUGUUCAGUCUAUGGAAGUGAGUCCUGUUUCCAAAGAAGAGCUGAUCUCCAUCCCAGAGUUUUCACCAGUGAGUGAAAUGAUUCCUGGAGUGUCUCUGGACCAAAAUGGAACUGGUAAUGCCCGAGCACUUCAAGAUCUCUUAGACUUCACUGGUCCCCCAGCGUUCCCCAAGAGAUCCAGUGAAAAUCUCAGCCUGGAUGACUGUAACAAAAACCUUAUUGAAGGAUUUAACAGUCCUGGCCAAGAAACUACUCUGAACACUUUCUGUUGACAAAUGCAACAUCCCUUCAAUAAAAGGUGGUGUUUGGAGCACCCGUGAAACUUCUGGUAGCCAAAUACCAGCUGCCCAGCCAUCUGAAGAAACUUCUGUCACCCUUCACCGCUGGAUUCCAAACUAUUAGACUGGAAUGUAACUAUUCCUAGGUAGUAUGUCAAACACUGUCCUCUCUUGGUAGAAACCUUGAGAUUUCCACCUUAUUGGGCUGUAGCAAAGUUUCGUUUUAUGGUUCUAUUUAGGAGCUUCAGUCGCAACUAAAGCACUGCCUGUCCUUGUCUAUUAUCACAGUGACCCUCUAAGUAACCUGAGUGAUGCUGCCUUGGAAGUUCACUCUGUGGCUGGCCUCUUUCCUGGCCUCAGAGCCCAUAAGCACUUAGAUGUCUCCUCCUAUAAAUAUUCUAGGCAUUUGCUCAACUCUAGUCAAACAUGUCCUCAGCCUGGGCUGCAUAUCCCCUUUCCUUUGUUUCAGAGGAGAAGAAAUUCAGGAGCUUCUCCCUCUCUGGGCUUUCUCUCUUGAAAAUAUUAUCAGGAAGUCUUUUUAUCUAAGCUUUGGCACCUGCAAAUGCACUGCACCACAUUACUCCUUUGGGGUUGAUCAGUUUGAGUUAGUAAGGAAGAGUUAAACAGUGUGUAGUGAUUUCUGUUCUCUUACGCAUAUUCUUAUAUGCAUGGGCAACUGAAUCAGGCAAGGGCCCUUCCUAUUGCCCCUUCAAAUUUUGCAUCGUAGUCCUUCCAAACCAUCAGGUGGUUUUCCUACUGAAUGACACUGAAUGUGUGUCAUGUGCAGAUGUUUGGUUUGGGGUUUGCUCUUGUUUUUCUGUUGGAUCUUGGGGAUUUUCUUUGUUUGCUCCUAUGUUUGCCCAACUAUAUUAAAACUAUAGAUAAAAAGCAUAGUGCUCUAAAACAAGGGGGCCCAAAAUUGGUCCCAGUAUGUCACUUUAAUAGACUGUAACAUAAAAAAGAUCUGAAUGGGGAAAAAUUACACUAGAAUGUAUACUGCACACAUUUUAUGCCAUAUAACGCUGUAUUUUCUUAUUUUUUCUUUUAUUGUGGUAAAAUGUGACUUUCAGAUUAAAAUUACCUUUUCUUUGAAACUUGCAUUUUGACUUGUAUUAAAGGGUUUUGAGAGAACCAUAAUGCUGAGAGAGGUUUGCAAGUCUCAAUAGUAAUCUCAUUCAUGUGCUUUUAAAGCAGGCUACAGUUUAAGAAUUUAUUAGUUAUGAAAACUGUGUAUGUUUAUGUAUGUGUAUAUACUAAAUAAAAUACAUGCCUCUAA